AUGUCUUCCUCAGCGCACCUCUCCAACUCCAUUGGCGUGUCACUCGUCUUGGUAGAUGUACAGAAUGACUUUCUACCAGAAGGGUCGCUUGCAGUCCCGUCCUCUUCCAAGAUCAUUCCACCCAUUCUGUCCCUGCUGAGCAAGAAGAAGUACUGGGCGAGCAUAGUCGUGACACAAGACUACCAUCCGCCAGACCACAUCUCCUUCGCAGACAAUCACGAGGGAGCUGAAGCCUUCAAGGCUAUACAAGUCGAUCAUCCCCUGCUCGGUCGCAAUGGAGAAGGAGAAAAAAUCGAGCAGAUGAUGUGGCCAAGGCAUUGCGUCCAGGGUACGAAGGGAUCCGAGAUCCAGCAGGACGUCUGGGCGAUGUUGGCAAACGUGCGGCAGCAGGGUGAGGACGUAGUCGUCGUUCGCAAGGGAGAUGAUCCGAAAGUCGACGGAUACUCGGGCUUGUCAGAUAAUGCAUACUCGAGGUUUACUCCCUUCAUCAGGUAUAUUUCAGCCAAUCACUCCACUGCCGGUGUACAAAGGCCUUCAACAGACAUUGCUGUUGUGGCAGGUCUAGCCACUGACUAUUGCGUCGUAUCCACAGCCCUUGACCUGCUCAAGUACUCCAUCGCAGUGUACAUGCCUCUGAAUUGCAUCGCAGGCGUGUCCGAAGAGACGACCGCAUCUGCUAUCACCAAGCUUCGCUCGGCUGGAGCUCACAUCUUCGAUACACACGAGGAGGUCAUGGUUGCCGUACAUGCAGAAGUCGAGAGGAGGCGUGGUCAGGAGGGGAAUUGGAUGAGCAGCUUCACAAAAAGACAGAAUGUAAUCUGGAAGGCUAGCUGA